AUGGAGCAUAAUCGUCAGCUGCAGCAGGCGACGGCGGCGGCGCAGAGGGCGGCGACGGAGGCAGCGGCGCAGGCGGCCGCGGCCGCGAGACGCCCGCCGCCGCCGCAGCAGGAGGCGCGCCGGCCGCCGUCGCCGCAAAUCUCUCGCGAGCGUCUCAGAGCCAGUCUUCCCCCGCAAAGCGCUGCGCGGCCCACCGCGAGGGCGAUGAUGAGCGGUGGACACGUGCCGCCGCCGCCGGAAUACGCGACGCCGUCGCUUCGCCGCGCGAAACGUCACGUCGCGAUGACGGACGAGCUCUCGCGCGCGCCGGAGACGCACUCGGUGCCGCCCGAGUACAUGUCCGAGGGCGCGUUGGAGCGGGCGCGGCGGGAAUACGCCGCGGAUAAGCGGCUGGCGCUCGAGCGGCGGCGGCAGCGGAUGCUCGUGGAGGAGGGGGUGCUUCAGGUGUGA